AUGAGAAUUGCGCUUGUCGGUGCGGGAGCAGUAGGUCUUCGCCUCGCGACAGAGUGGUGCAAAUCAGAGGCCGAGGUAAUCAUUCUCACUGCCGAGACUCGCCUCACGGACUACUCCAUCGAAGAUCUGAAGAUGAACCUCGACGACUGCGACGUUGUCGUCUCAACCCUCAGCGGACCCAGCGAGUUCUACAUCUUCGCCCACUCGAAUCUCCGAGCAGCAUGCAGCGCAUCGCGCAGAUACAAACACCGCAUUCCUUCCGAACGGAAUAUCAACAUGGAGGAUUUCCCCAAUCAACCGAUGUUCAGUUCCGCCAAGCAUGAGGAUAAGAACUACUUCGCGAGAUUUGGACCCUCAUGGGCGAUGAACCAUUGCACGAAGAUCUUCGAUAUAUACGGAGAUGGCUUGCAAAAGGUUACUUUGGCUUCGCUUGGAGAUGUAGCUCGGGCGGUUUUGGCUCCGGUUACCCACUUGGCUGGGCAGACUUUGACAUACCGAGACCUUUUCGAGCUGAUUAGAGCUCACGAUCGAGCGUGGAAAUUGAAUGCAGUGACCCUUUCGGAGGUACUUGAUGCGAUUUGCAAAGGGCUCAAGGCGAAUAAUGCCGGUGUAGCUGUCCAUCAGAUGAGGAUUCUGGGAUUCACGAAUGCGAAUCACAUCCACGAUGAAAAGGCGCUAGUUUGGGGAACUGGAGUCCUCCAUGGGUUGUACGCCACAAGGGUCAAGAAGCUGUUGGAGAAGGCUAACACUGGACUAAACCAAUAA